AUCUCAGGGUCAAGGACUUCGCACAGAGAGUGAAGUCCGGUUUUUUUUGCAAAACAUGCGACAUUCUCGUGUCUGAGAGCAGAAAGAUGGUGAAAAUCCUAGGUGUAGAGUUUGCUCCCUUACGUGUUCCACUGGAGAGACGGAUUCAGACACUCUGCCUUAGCCAGUGGGUGUUGGUGUUCCUGUUUGGAGGGUUUGGCUGUCUGUUCCUGUGCAUCUAUCUACUGUUCACACGGUUCUACUGGAUCCCUCUCCUAUAUGCUGUAUGGUAUCUACUGGAUAGAAAGACAUCAGAGACUGGAGGGAAUGCCAUAUCAUGGAUUCGCUACAACGUUGUCUGGCGUAAGAUGGGCGAAUACUUUCCUGCCAAACUGCAUAAAACUGCUGACUUAGAUCCACGGAAAAGCUAUGUAUUUGGUCUGCAUCCUCAUGGGAUUAUGCACAUCAGUGGUUUCCUAUCGUUUGCCACAGAGGCGACAGGCUUUAGCGAGCUGUUUCCAGGCUUGUUCCCCCACUUGGCCAUUCUUCACGGACAGUUCCAGUUCCCCUUCUACCGGGACUACCUCAUGACUGCUGGAAUGUGCUCAGUGAGUCGCAACAGCUUCAACUGGAUGUUGAACCGCCCGGGUCACUGUGCCUGUGUCGUGGUGGGUGGGGCAAUGGAGGCCCUCGAGUCAAAACCGGGCUCCCUUAAUCUGGUGCUAAUGAAGAGAAAGGGGUUCAUAAAACAGGCCCUAAUCCAUGGAGCCUCACUCGUGCCAGUGUUCAGCUUUGGUGAAAAUGAUGUAUAUGAGCAAGUGGACAACCCUGAUGGCUCAUUCCUGAAGAGGUUACAGCUAUUCCUCACGCAUCGGGUGUUUGGGUUCUCACUGCCAAUCAUCAGGGGACGUGGAAUAUUCAACUACACCUUUGGUGUCUUCCCUCAUCGGCGACCACUGAAUACAGUUGUUGGUGCGCCAAUCGACGUUGAGAAGACUGAUGAGCCCACACAGGAGCAGAUUGACUCGCUGCAUGAGAGAUAUGUGCGGGGCCUUAAGGAGAUGUUUAACAGCAACAAGACCAAGUUUGGCUUCAGCGAAGACGCAAAACUGAACUUCAUUGGUUGAGUUCAGGACCUUUGACUACAUUUUAGCAGCAGCAGCAGCAGUCUUCAACUAAAAUUUACCUUCAUUGUUUGAGUUCACAAAUGCUGGCUAAACAGAAGAAUGGAAUCAAAAUUAAUAUUUACCUCCAUAUUUGUUAGAUUUGAAAGCAUAUGUACUUGCCUGAACAUGAUCUUUUUUAACUUGACACAUUCCAGUUUGAAUUUUAUUAUUCUGUAAAUAUGUUAAAAUCAUCAGUAAGUGUAAGAACUUAGUUUAAAUUUUGUUAUACCGUUAAUAUGAUAAAAUCAUCAGAAAGUGUAAUAACUUAUUUAUGUAGAACAUAUAGGAUCUGGUACGAGUUGUCAUAUCAUACCAUAUUUUAUUAAACAAGUUCAGGAAGUUUGUUAGUAAACGAGCCUUUGGCAAGCUUACUAACGAAUUUCCUGGACAAGUUUAAUAAAAGAUGGUAUGAAAUGACAACAAGUGUCAGAUCUUUUUUAUCUCAUGCUUUUAAAGGAUCAAAUUAAAUAAAUAUUUACGCAAGCAUAAUGAUAAAUCCCAAAUGUUGUUUAGAUUUCGUGACAUCAUUUGACGUUGCAUUGUCAUUUCAUCAAAAUAACAAAAUGAGAUUGGUCAAUCAAACAAAAAUAAGCCAAUGAAAACGCUUAAAAAAGUAUAUAACACAUGUGUUAGAUAAAAAUAUUCGUAAUGGUUAUAUUACAUGGGAAACAGGGUAGGGCAUGUGAUAAAAUGAAUUUUGCUACAUCAAAGCACACAAGUUUAUUUGCUUUUAUAUAAAUAUGUUUGAAAACAGAAGCAGAAACAGAAGCAACAUAUUGUCAUCAAACAAUGUCUUUAGAUGAACUUAGAAGCUUUAAUGGUCUCUUUGUGUUAUUGAUUGGAGUUUAUCAAACAGCAGAACAACCAACAGCAUCUGAUUUUGUAGCAACAGAACCAACACCCAUAGUGCUUUGGUGACAGAGUGUUCCAUUUUAUUUAAAAUAAUUGAUAUAUCAAGGCAAAAUAAUGAAUAGUGUUGCAAAAGUCUUCAAAAGUUACAGCGAUCCGUUGCAUUGCAUGACUGUAAAAAAACAAUAGUUUUUGUGUGACACUAUUAUUUAUGGAUUUUCUAGGGUCCAUUUAUUUAAGAAAUCAAAUAUUCAACGAAACUUUACUUCUAAAGUCCUAUAUAGGAUGUAAUAAAAAAAUAAAGAAUUUAAGAUUCAAAGGCUCAAUUUUGAGGAAUAUACAAAAUUUCAUGUCAAUAAAACUCGAAUGAAUCAACAGUUUUCCAUUGUUUUAUAAAUUUAUGAAUAAAAACAGCAGAGUCAGGAAAAUUUAUCAGCAGCAAAGAAUAUAUGCCUAAAUUACUGUUAUUUACUGUUAUUGUCAUUAAACUCAAACAACCAUCUAAACUGACUAUUCCAAUUGGAAACAAUUCAAGCUUAAAAUCUACCGGGGUAUGUUGAUAGAGUUCACAUGUAUUGGUUUAAUUAAUCUUGCACUCUUGCUAUAUGUUACUUUUAGAGAAAUAAUGGCUAGCAGAGAGCAGCCAGGAUCAAUAAAUUGUUAACUUGUGAACAUCAUGAAAAGUGCUGCCUUAUUUUUUGUCUGUUUUUUGUCAACAAUAGUACCAUUUUAAAAGUCUUGUUUUGUAGCUUUAAAUCUGCCAAAGACGUCGUUGAAAUAUUGUAUAUACAUUAAAACUUAGUGUUGCCAAAAAUCUUGCUUUAACAUUUUGUUAAUUUUAAAUCUUAAUAAUUGAAAAUGUGUGAGUUGAUAUGACAAUUGCUCAAUAUUUAUAAUUAAAUAAUUUGUCAAUAAAUGUUCAUGGUUAGUUUAUAAUCCUUAAUGCAGACCAAAGAUCUAUUAAUAUACCAAGAUAAGAAUCAUCAAUGAGGUCAAGAAGGAAAUCCUGUUAAUUGUCCAAGCCCGAGAGUUGACUAUGUGAUUUCCAGUGGCGCAGAAAUUAAACAGAAAUGGCAGCCAUCUUGUUCAAAGAUCUAUAUAUUAAUAGAUCUUUGUGCAGACCUAUUAUUUGCAUUUUUUAUCAAGAAAUACAUUUUUUUCUUUAAUUACAUAUCAUUUUAUCAAUUCGGAAAUUUGAGAAUAUGAAUUGCUGGUGAUAAUUUCCCUUACAGUAGUUAUUUCAUAUUCAUAAUCAUGUAAAUCUGUAUGUAUUCACCAUUUGCAUUUUUGUCUUAUGAUAUCGAUUGAAGAAUGUCUUACCUAAAAUCUGUGAUAAUUAAAUCAUUGUGAAUUCAUAAAAUGUUAAAUUGAUUCGAUAUCAACCUCAAAUUCCAUUGUGUUUCAUUAUGAAAGGAAUAUCUGAUAUGUAUACUAUACUUUAUUGCGCAAUAGAUACUUCUUGUCAUUUAGCUUAUAACCUUGGCUAGUCAAUAGUUAUUUUUUAUGUGUUUGUAUCAUGAUUCAGAUAUAUUUUUUAUAAUAUCAAUGAUUUUUCAAGCAAAUUUUAAUUGAAAUAUUAACUGUGAAAAAUUUAAACAAAUUCUACAACAUUAACCAUUAAUCAGAACAUCAAAAUGCCAUUUAUUCAUUAUACGUUAUUGAUAUGUUAUAGAUUGCUAGUUGCUGUAGCAGGUGUUUCCAUUGUUUUUUAUGUUAACAGUAUACUUGUUAAGUUUGUAUUGCACACAUAUUUAUGUAAUGCACUUUUUCUUGAUAUCUUGCCAUCCUGUUUUCAUUUACUAGUAUAUUGCAUUGAUUCAUGUUUUUAUAUGGUAUCCAUUAAUUGUCUUUCCUGAGGCAGAGUAGAUUGCUAGGAUGGUUGUUUUACACUGCAAACGUUUGAUAAUCAGCUAAUUUUCAAUAAACCUAAGUUAAUUCCUUUCAAUUACAUGAAAUAGGCAUUUUACUGUUUGGUUAGUCUUUUACUUAGUUUGUUUGUAAAGAUCUUUUAGGGCUAUACAUUUCUGUUAAGUUUAAUCACCCCCCCCCCCACAAUAAAAAAAAAGAAAUGAUUAAAAAUAAAAUAAAAAGGUACCCAACGAACAAUUAAAACUACAACAACAGAUUUUAAACUUUGUUAAAAGAACUGUUCUUGUCUCACCAGACGUUUACCAAAAAUGAUGAUAGUUUUGUACUACUAAGGCAAGUUGUAUAAAACAAAUUACCAGAAACUGUAGAGUUAUAGAUCUUCAUAUAUCUCCAAUAUGGAAAGGGGGAAUACCUGCUUUACAAUCUUCUCUCGGCAUUGUCUUUUGUCUUUUACUUGUCAAUUUGCAAAAACAUAUUGAAAAAAACUUUCAUAAAUGAUCAAUCAAUACAGAUUGGGGGUGCCUUUGUAUCAAACGUCCUACUGGUACAUGUAUCUUUAAAUUAUAUUUGGAGUAAUUUUUCAGGGAUUUUUUGAUGACAUGUUUGUAAAAAAUGCAUUCAGACAGACAUCUUAAACUAUCAUAUUACCCCGUAGUUAUUGGAGGGAAAACUAUUUGAAACCAUUGUCAAUGCUUUAUUGUUGUUUAAUGCGUUUGUAUGAUUUUGUUAAUUAUGACUAUUUUUGAGCACCCUGUAGUGAGACAGGUGUGUCGGUUCUGAUGUAUUGGUGCUAUAAUGUACAGUUCUGUUUCUAGUCCCUUAGUUAACAAUGUUAUGCCUCUAUAGAUGCUUAUAUACGCAUGCUUCACUUGAUUGUAAUGAUUAUGUUAUUGAGUUUCGUUUAGAGUGAUUCAGAAUCAAGUUGUGUUGCUGUAAGUCUGGAGUAUAAAUGAGCCAGGCUCAGUGAAAACGGGGGUUUAUUAGCAGGCAUAAAGUGUCGUCUCAGAUUAGCCUGUGCAGACCACACAGGCUAAUCAGGGACAACACUGCCUGAACUUGAUUUUUGCUAAGAAGAUACUUUCUGUAAACGAAAAAUAUCAUUAAAGUGGAUAGUGUCAUCCCUGAUAAGCCUGUGCAGUCUGUGGGACGGCAUUUUGCACACAUGCAUUAAACCCCCUUUUCAUAAAACACGGUCCAAAUAUUUGAUAUCAAUCAAAAGAAAGUUUAUAUGUGUCAUAUUGUAAAAUAGCAGGGUAGUCACUGUAGUGAAACUGUUUAUAUAUUUUUUAGAAGAUCAUCAGCUUCAAAAUAUUUCAAAGGACAUAAUAAAUUAACUAAAACAA